AGAUUACUGCAAGUUCACAAGUUGUCACAGAAACAAAAACCAUGCACAGAAUCACAGUAUAAAUUGACGAAUGUCACGUCUAGGUUAAUGUUGUUGUCUCAGAAGGUUGUUGCCUGCUGGUUUAAAAUUUUACCGCCUUUUUAAUAAUUCCUCUAACGUGUUUUUUCUUGUCUGGACUGGAAACGGGAAUACCCAAACUCGAAAGAAUAAUAAGAAUCGGGAUACUUUUCGAUAAGAAGUAAAUAUUGCUGGAAUAGGGUUCUUUAUUCAAACAAUUUCUGUACCUUUAUCUUGAGUGUCAAAUUGUGAAAGAAAGGGAAGGAAAAAUAUCAAUGACCAAUAAGGCUUCCAAAAAGUGCAAUGGACAAAUAUGAGGAUUUUUCAGAUUUGAAAAACAAACAAGUGAAAACAAUUUCAAAAGUCUAUGCAGAUGUGUUAUCAAAUAAACACAAUUCCUAUUAUGAAUAUGACAGUUUCACUCCUCAGUAUGAAAAUGUUGAUGACUACAUGCUGGUACGCAAAUUGGGACAUGGAAAAUACAGUAACGUUUUCGAAGGACGACAUGAUGGCAGAAAUGAGAGAGUUGUUAUCAAGAUGUUGAAACCUGUGAGGAAAAAGAAAAUCAAAAGAGAAAUCAAGAUAUUGGAAUGUCUCAAAGGCGGUACCAAUAUUGUGAAACUCCUGGCUGUUCUUAAUACACCUCAUACCGAUUUGACGGCUCUCGUUCUUGAACAACUUGUACAUACCGAAGAUUUCAAAAACGUUUAUUUGAAGCUGACCGAGGCAGAUUCAAGGUACUAUUUAUACGAAGUCCUAAAGGCUCUCGAAUACUGUCACAGUCACGGAAUCAUGCAUAGGGAUGUCAAACCUCACAAUAUCAUAAUUGAUCAGGAGAACCGCAGAUUAAGACUGAUUGAUUGGGGCCUGGCGGAGUUUUAUCAUCCAGGCCAGGAGUACAAUGUUAGAGUGGCCUCAAGGUAUUUUAAGGGACCUGAACUUCUAGUAGAAUAUGGGUAUUACGAUUACUCAUUAGAUAUGUGGUCUUUGGGCUGUAUGUUUGCAUCAAUGCUGUUUAGAAAUGAGCCCUUUUUCCAUGGAAUGAAUAAUUAUGAUCAGCUUGUUAGGAUUGUCAGAGUUUUAGGAACUGCUGAUCUUCAUGCCUACCUCAAGAAAUACAACAUCUCCAUCGAACCGAAAUUUCAAGCAGUCUUAGGAAUCCACAGCAGAAAACCAUGGCAGCGUUACGUGCACACCGAACAUGAAUACCUUGUAGACGAACAUGCCUUGGAGCUACUGGAAAAUUUACUGAAAAUUGACCAUAUGGAAAGAAUCACUGCUCGAGAAGCACUGAAUCAUAAAUAUUUUUCUCCAGUUAAAAGGAAAUUCCAUGCUAGAUCAGCUUCUCCUGAGGGGAGCAUUUAAAUUUUUGAAUAUUCAGUUCCCAAAUAGUACCUGUAAAAUCAGAAAUGUGAUUAUUUUGAACUCAAAGACUGUUUUUUUUUGGUCACUUGAAAAUUAAGUCAAUUUCUUGUACUUUGGAAUUCAUAAAUUAUUUUUGUGCUGUUGAAAACCUUUUUUGGGUUGGUGAAAAUAAUUGUGGAGCAUAUAGAAAGCAUUUUCACGUAACCGAGCUUCAAAGAGCUUCAUGGCGCUCAUAGCAAUCUUACGUCACCUUAUUAUUGAUAAUGACUAUACCAUUGCAAAUUGAAUAGGUACACAAAAUCAAGUUGCAUAGUACAUUUCUGUUAAUUUUUUCUUCAAUACCGAUGAAUGCUGCAGGACUUUAAAUUAACAGGACAGUAGUUAAAUUGCUGUGCGUAAAUAAUAUUUAUUAAUUUAAUGCUGACCCAUUUUCGAUAUCCUUAG